UUUAGUGAAUAUUUUUGAAGUAUAAAGUUGUGAAGAAUUUUUUUUAGUUAUUUGGUGCAUGCAUAUUUAAUUUAUAUACUAUUAUAACUUUUAAUAAAAAUUAAAAUUAAUAAAUAAGUAGUUGUUUAACAUAAAAGAGAAACCGAUCAAAAAAAAGAAAAUAUGUCAAGUUUACCACGUCGCAUUAUUAAAGAAACUCAACGUUUAAUGCAGGAACCUGUACCCGGCAUUAAUGCUAUACCAGAUGAGAACAAUGCCCGAUAUUUUCAUGUAAUUGUAACUGGCCCCAAUGAUUCACCAUUCGAAGGUGGAGUAUUUAAAUUGGAAUUAUUUUUGCCUGAGGAUUAUCCAAUGUCUGCUCCUAAAGUACGUUUUAUAACAAAAAUAUAUCACCCCAAUAUUGAUCGAUUGGGUCGCAUCUGUCUUGAUGUGCUUAAGGACAAAUGGAGUCCUGCGCUCCAAAUUCGCACAAUUUUGCUAUCUAUUCAAGCUUUAUUAAGUGCUCCAAACCCCGAUGAUCCAUUAGCUAAUGAUGUUGCUGAAUUGUGGAAAGUUAAUGAAGCUGAAGCUAUAAGAAAUGCACGUGAAUGGACUCAAAAAUAUGCCGUUGAAGACUGAAGAGUAGAAAUAUAUGCAGACGCUUAUGUUGGCAGGGGACGGGUGGGCUAAGAAUAUCGUUGAAUUUGAAAAAGUUUAUUAUGUGGUCGGGGGUGGAAAAAAAUGUUGCCUUGGCGUCAGCAUAGAAGAAGUUGAUAGUCUAGCUCUGGGGGGAGGGGGCCGAUUUUUAAAGGUAAUUUUUUAAGUACUAUGAAAAAAAUGAAAGAAAUAUUAAAAUCGUUCGGUUUUUAUUUUUAAAAUAAUUUUAUCAUAUAUUAAUAAUAAUAAAUAUAUUUCAAUAAAAAAUAAUAGCAAUAUAACUACAACAACAAUAUUUUACAGUUAAUAGUAAUAUUCAAUACAAACAUAUUAAGUAUAUACCUGGAUACGAUUCCGAUUUCUCGGGUACACUUAUUUGACAGCGAACUUAAGUAAAGAUAACUGUUUUGAGCGAACUACUACAUGAAGAUUUUUAUAUAAAAACCACCAAUAACAGGUGUAUUGGUGUGUUAAAAUUCAUUUGAAUGGAACUUUAAAACACUAUUUCAAGAA